ACAAACAACCAGGGAAGCAGCCUUUUGGGACGCAAGAGAAAGGGGGCGAAAAAGAAAAGAAGAAAAAAAGGGGAGGAAAAAAAGGCAAAAGAGAUAACAAUGACCAAAGCCAACCCGACCUGUGAGAUCCGUUCGUCUAUGUCGUCUCAUGAGAGCACAGAGAGAAAGAAGGGGGGUGGUCGAGAGCGGAGCGGAGGAAUGGAUUCGUGUAUCGACGGACCAAGGAUGUUCUCUCGAGAGGAUGGUGGGUUUUCAAAGGGGAAUGAAUGGAUGGGGGGGUUGCCACAGGGAGCCAAAGGUAGGGAGCAACCAUGCGUCGUCAGGGAGAAGCGUGAACGUCUCAAAUUCGUUCUCUUUUCUUUUUUGGGUUCCUUUUUUGUUUCCCCCCCCCUUCAAACUCCGGAAGUGCAGUGCCCCAAAAGUUCGUCAUUUGCCGAAGAUCCCGUCGUCCGAAAAAAAAGGGAAAAGAAAAACUGGUAACGAUGCCGGGGGUUGACAAUGACAGUAAUCGAUGUUCCGCGGGCGGUGUAAGAAAAACAACAACGACAACAACAAAAGAUCGGGGGCGGCCGAGUUGUGUG